UCUUAAUAUCCGGAUUAACAGCAAUAAAAUAUUAUCUUCUAUUUAUCGACCGGGCCGCGGUAAAGAUACAGUUUUGUAUAAAAACCACAAGUUAUUUCUAAUUAAGCAUAGUUUGUAUAAGACCUAACAAACAAAAAGCAGCAAAUAUGAAUACCUUGUUCGUCAUCGCCUCUUUCGUCGCCCUGGCCGUGGCCAGCCCCGCCCACCGUGGCCUAGUCGCCCCCGGAGGUGCUGGUCCCAUCCCAGCCCCCGAAUUCGAGCCCAUCGCAGUCGGCCCGGCUAUACUGGAAUUCGAACCCAUCGCCGUCGGCCCUGCCCUACUCCCCACUCACCCCAUCUCCGUUGGACCCGCACUAGUUGACACCGAGCCCGUCGCCGUUGGACCCGCUAUCGUCGAACCUGUACCCGUCAUGCCCGUCCAGGUUGUUGAUGAAGCCGAGAAUGUUGCCGCCAGCAACCCUCUCGUCCAGAUCAUCCUGAACAUCAACGGAGUCAGCCACGUGAUCGACACUCCCAUCAGCAUUCCUUCCCCUGUGAUCGUGCCUGAGCCCGUCGCCGUUGUUGAAGCCGCUCCUGAGCCCGUCCAGGUUGUGGAGGCUGCUCCUGAGCCCGUCCAGGUCAUCGAGAGUGCCCCCGCUGUCAUCGGCACCCCUGAGCUCCCCACUCCCGUGGUCCCCGUUGAGCCUGUUGCCAUCGGUGUGCCCCAGCUGCCCAGCCCCGUCGCCGUGCUGCCUGACGCACUCAACUAAGUUGAACAACAAUUGAGAAGGAACUGCGCACUUGAGUGAACACCUACACAACCACUUGCCAAGAUGUCGUGCUAGUCGACGGCCUAUAUGUUCCGUUGUUGGAAUUCAGGCUGGUUGGCAGUUUUAUGACUUAUUAAACAUGUCAGUUUCGGAA